GAGUUCGGCGCUGAGGGUGGGGGUGGUCUCGUGCACUCUGGAGAGGAUUGCUCACGAACAAUCCCACUGUUCUCCUUCCCGAAAGCUGACUGCAACCAUGGUGAGCGGGCGGUUAAAAACGGCGAGGAUGUGGAUGCUCUGCGUCGCUGUCCUGAUGGACUUGCUCAACGUUGCCUUGGCUCAAAGAGUACAGCCUGUGACACCCCCACAACCACGUGGGGUCCCUCGCCCCCCAGGAUCUCCUGGGCCCCCCGGCAUCCCGGGGGUUCCUGGUGUGGAUGGCGUUGAUGGAGAACGUGGGCCCCCUGGACCUCCUGGUUCACAAGGCCCGAAGGGGGAGCCAGGAGAACCAGGGCGGAGCGGCCCGCCCGGUAUUCCUGGACUGCCAGGCGUAGACGGGAUAGCAGGCAUCACGGGGCCACCUGGGGAACAGGGUCCUCCUGGCCCAAAGGGUGACACCGGCCCUGCUGGUCCAAAGGGGAUGCCUGGAUUGGGGAUUCCUGGGCCUCCUGGUUUGCCAGGUGCAGAUGGAGUUGGUGGGGACACUGGUAAACCCGGACCAGUGGGUCCAAUUGGGCCACUAGGCCCUCCCGGUCUACCUGGGCCCAUCGGCCCUCCGGGUCCACCUGGGGUUAUAGAAUUUGACAGCCUUGGAGAAGUCAAGUGCCCUCCCUCUUGCCCUCCUGGCUUGCCUGGCUACCCUGGCUUCCCAGGCAUGAAGGGGCACAAAGGUCACAAGGGCGAAGUUGGUGAAGAUGGUAAGAUGGGUAACAAGGGCGACACUGGUCCCGCGGGGGUGACGGGGGUACAAGGCUCCGUGGGUUUUCAGGGUGGCAGAGGCCUUCGAGGGCCCCAAGGAGAAGCUGGCCCUGCAGGCGAACGCGGUCCUACUGGGCAGCCUGGGCAGCCAGGUCCUAUGGGACCACUGGGAAGAUCUGGAAAAGAAGGACCAAAGGGUUUUAUGGGAUUGCCAGGGCACAAAGGCGACAAGGGAGAACAUGGCCUGAUGGGAAUUAUUGGUAUUAAAGGUAUCAAGGGAGAACCCGGAGACUUUGGAUCAAAUGGGCGUGGAGGUCUGGACGGUCCUCCGGGAGAAACGGGUGAAGCUGCUCAGCCAGGCUUUCUGGGUCACCAAGGCUCGGAAGGUUUACCCGGUAUACCCGGGACACCGGGAAUGAAAGGCUCGAUCGGAGAAAGGGGAAGUACUGGAGCAGAGGGAUCAAGAGGACCAGAUGGUCCAAAAGGAAUAACUGGAGACCAAGGCAAUGCCGGCGAGAGGGGUCUUGAAGGUUUGCGGGGCCCUAUCGGGAAACUGGGCGGAGAGGGCCCGAUCGGGACCCCUGGACACCAAGGAAAGCCAGGGCCUAGGGGUCACGUGGGUGCUGGGGGGCUUCCGGGCGCCCCUGGUCACACCGGAGAGAAGGGGCACCGGGGCACAGCCGGGAGGCGUGGACGCAGAGGAGUGCCUGGCCCAGUCGGCGAAGGUGGCAUCACGGGGGAGAGAGGAGACACGGGUUUUGCUGGAAGCAAGGGAUCAAAAGGAGAAGUCGGUGACCGUGGGGACGCGGGCGCACCAGGCAGAGCGGGCCACAGGGGGCGAGUGGGGCAGCCCGGGCUGCCGGGGCCCAGGGGAGUGGUGGGGGAGGAGGGAGAGUCGGGGGCCCCUGGUAUCGCCGGCCGCCCAGGCCCCCUGGGGAAACGGGCAAGUGAACUGCACAUCCGUGAACUGUGCACCGACAUGAUAACAGAACAGGUGAACCAGAUUGCUCUCAGCAUGCGGCGCCAGGGUCGGGGCAAUACUCACCUCCCCGGCCCUCCAGGACCCCCGGGCCCUCCAGGGCCUCCGGGGGCCACUGGGCUGUUUGGCAUGCAAGGGGUGCGUGGCCCUCAGGGAUUUGAAGGAUUCUACGGAGUCAUGGGUGAAACUGGACCAAAAGGUUUUCUUGGGGAUAAAGGAGACAAGGGCUCUCAAGGGAGGGCUCUCUUGGGCUACAUUGGUGUGCCAGGGCCAAAAGGUAUACCUGGUCCGUCUGGGGAGAGUCGACCUGGGACGGACGGGUCUCACGGGGAUUGGGGGUUGCCGGGCUCUGCUGGCCGGCCUGGUUCCACGGGGGCCGUGGGCUCUCCUGGGGUCUGCGACAACUCGGGGUGCAUCCCACAGGCGCCACCGCACAUCGUCAUGGGCAAACUUGGCAGCGUGAAGGGGCCUGGAGGCACGGGGCCCUAGAGACACGGCCACCACCAGCAUCAUCAACUGGCUUUGUAUGAAGGGAAUGCGCUUUUCACUUGAAUACAAAUGGAUUACGAGUGACAACAGCAAGUGGCUGCAAUUUACCAAUAAGUGCCGGUGAUGCCCCACGGUGCUUAUGCCAGGAUAGCUAUACUUUGAAGCCAAAUGCAAAAGAAAAGGUCACCAACAUGAGUACAGAGACACAAAUAGAUGUUAUUGAAUAACUAACGGAGGUUACUGGCAAAUACAUUAUCGGCGCUCCCUGCUGUGUCAGCUUGCUGUGUAGUAGCUAGUAACUACUAUUUUUAUUUUUUUACCAGGAAAUGUCCACUGAGCUAUGUAGCUAUUUUUUAGAAGCGACCUGGCCACAAAUGAUAGUUCAAUGAAGUGGCUUAUCACGUGGAAAUUUAUCACAGCCAAAUACGCUCAGCGCACGUUUCUAAAUGUGGAGGGGGGGAAAAAAAACAUCCAGAGGAUUCGAGGAUAAUGCAAGCGACUACGGAGUGAACAUGCAAACUCCAAAUAUCCAUCAGGUGUCAGAAACUUCUCGACACCCGUCAUUGCUUGUGAGCAUUGCUCCCCUGCCUCCUGUUACUACAUAAUAGCUUUUGCAAACUACCCGGUAGCAUCUGUCAUAAAUCACCUCCACAGAAGCCUUUUCUCUGACACUGCUGGUACCAGCCAGUGGAAAGGCCACUUGAGCUCUAGGGUUUGUACAAAACGUGUUUUAUUUUAAGAAUAUUAAAACAAACUUCUCUCUACUAGAUUUGUAAUUAUGAAUAGCACAACAUAUAUGUAGUUUAUUUGUAGCAAUCAUUAGUGAAACUAACAAAAACGUGUUUGUGUGUGUGUGUGCAUAAUUAACACUCCUGGUGAACGUUCAUACCUUCUCAAUUUCAACAAAUCAGUAUACAAUGAUACUUUCUGAAUUAUAUAAAGAUUCAAAUUGAAUUGCCAUUCGCAUUUGCAAACAAAAGUCACGUGAACGUAUCCUGAAUUUCUAUUACUGAUAACGUAACACAUUGAGGGGGACUUUGGAAAGUUAGGUGAACACUUAGAAACAGAAUUACAAUUUGACGCAUUAUACAUAAACGAGCUGAUGGUUAUAUACUAUGCUGUAUUUAUUAUUUAAAGUAUAGAACAGCUCAUAAGAAAACACAUUACUGCUUUGUUCACGAUUAGUUUGAGCCUUUAGGUGUCACAGAUGGAGUGGUAGUGUAUUGCUGUGACCGUGUUUUGCAUUGAACUGUAGUGGAUGCUUCAUGGGAUGUCGUGCGGGUUUUCAAUAAAGAUUAUCUUUUAUACAACCAAA